ACACCCCGUGUAAGACAUAGUCGACCACCCGGACGGAACUCGGCGUCUGUUUUUGGCUCACACAUGUUAGCCACGGUUAGCUAGCUAGCGUGUUAGCAGAGCCGGCUGCAAAAAACGUGUCAGCGGCUGGUUUGCUAGCUCCUUGAUAUCACUUUCCACGAUAUACAGACUAUCAACACAAUACUAAGGCAAGGGGUGAUUCCUCUAAUUGUUGUUUUCCCAGCUCGGGGGCUACGCCUUCCCCUCACAUCAGCAGCACACAGGAACAAGCGUGUGUCUUGUAGCACCAUGAAGGUAAACAAACCCGCACAAGUCAAAGGCAAUGUGAAGUCUCAGAAGUGGAAGGACGUGAGGGGCAAGCGACACAGGCCUCCCAUCAACUCGUCUGAUCUCAACUCCAGUCCUGUCAUGGCGAGGGUGAUACAGGAGCACCAAGCAGCGGUGAGGAAGAAGAAGCCCAACGUCAAGAGGCUGAAGAAGAAGGCCAAGACUGUCCCUGGCUCUAAGAAAAGCACCUCUCCGCCUGGAGUCAAGAAAUCUCACACACAAACACAAACUAAUGGGAGUUCAAUGUUAACAGUGGAUGAGUCAGAUGAGUCCCAGGACUCCCAGGACUGGAAAGCCCUGGCACAGUCCACAUACAGGAACGGCGUGGAGUCCCCAGAUGACAUGGACAUUGGCACACCAGGUAGACUGGAGGGAGAGGCUCUGCAUUACUGUGCAGAGAGAGAUGACCGCCAGAAACACGCAGUACUGGUCAUGCAGAAGGAUCAGACCCUGUGUUUCCGUGGAAAGUGCUUUCUGACCUGCCUGUACGGCCGAGUGGAGGUGAUGGGGUUCACUAUUGAGGAGGGCCAGCAGUCAUAUCCACUCUUCUCCCCUGCCUCCCAUUGUCCCCUGACCAUCGUGGCUCUGGGGAGCGCCGAUGACACCAGAGAUGAUGGAACAGAGGCGGCAGCUAUCCUUCGCAAAUAUCUUUCAUCAGCAUCACGUAAGAAACUGGUAAAAAGGAUACGCUUGAACUCGUCUGUGAUCCUGCUAGAGCCCAUGGAGACGCCUCUGACACGGUUUCUGUCAAGCUUCGCAGAUCUCAGUGAAUUGUUCAGCCCUCCAGUGACUGAGCUCAUGUCGGCUGUGCUUGACACUCCACUCAAUGGUUUGGGUAUGAUUCCACUGGCUAACAACAUUGAGGGCCUGACAAUGUCAAAGAGCUACAGAGAUGCUCUGAAUACAGUGGUUAACGCCUGCAGAGGUGAUAUGGACGGUUGUGCGGUGAUCCUUGUAUGUGGGACUAAAAAUGUUGGUAAAUCAACGUUUAUCCGCGUCCUUCUCAACACCUUACUAAAUCACACUGCUAGUAUAGAUUACCUGGAAGCUGACUUGGGUCAAACAGAGGUCACUCCUGCUGGCUGUCUAUCUUUGUCUACUAUCAGAGAACCACUUCUGGGCCCUCCUUUCACACACCAGAGCACUCCGGAGCACAUGAUCUACUACGGUCAGUCGUCAUGCGAGUCAGAUUUGGACCGCUACCUGGAGUCCCUUAAGGCCUUAUGGCAUCGACGCUCCCAGAGCAGAGAGACGCCCGUCAUCAUCAACACCAUGGGCUGGAUCAAAGGUUUUGGAUUCCAGCUCCUGGUGGACAUGAUCCGCAUCUUCCCAGUCUCACAUGUAGUGCAGCUCGGUCACGGUGGGUCGACCCAGUGUCCCGCCCUCACUCCGGAGUUCCUCAGGACAGCACAUGGGUGCCAGACGCACCCACCUGCCCAGACCGCUCUGGACGAGUUUACAGAGAGCCACAGCCCCCCCAGGAGCUACGUCCACCUUAUCGUACAAUCAGAUUUUCAGGGAGUAGCACGCCAAGGAACAUCGAAGCACCAGCGCACUAAUGAGCACAGAGAGCUGUCCCUGCUGGCAUACCUCAGCCAGCUGCAGUCUCCUGACCCGGGCCCUGUCAGGCCUCUGCACUGCCUCACCCCGUACCAGGUUCCACAUUCAGCAGUGGCUGUAGGUGUGACCCACUGCGAGGUGGCACCCAGUCACAUGCUUUAUGCUGUCAAUGCCAGUCUGGUGGGUCUGUGCUGCCUGGGGGAAAAAGUAAUGAGCCGAGGAGGCCCAGUCCUGCUCUCACAAGCACCCAUCUGCCCAUGUGUGGGCUUUGGUGUGCUUCGAGGUAUUGACAUGGUGCGCGGUCUGUACUUCCUGCUGACUCCUGUAGCUCCCUCCAUACUCCGUAAUGUCAACUGUCUCCUUCUGGGAGCCAUUUCACUACCAGCCUGCAUCCUCGCCACACAGUCCGGCUUUGAGGGAGAGAUGCCCUACGUCACCACAGACUACAGUUUUGAUCUCUCUGGGGCUGGAAAGCUGCGUGUCUUCAAGGGAUUGAUAAGGCCCGGUCAAUCAGGGACAACACAGUGACAUUUUGUACACAUCUGAUUUCACUUCUGUCUUUUGCCCUCCUCGUUGACUGGCUACGCCAAGCCAGGAUGAGCCUUUGAAUGUACAGCUCUGAGGUCGAGAGGGAGGAAUAUUUUUAUAAAACGGUUCAGUCUGACAAAGGAGCUAGUAAAACAGACUCUGCUGGAGAUUGCCGGCUCCUUCCUGUCAGUGGACUUCCUUUGGAUAACCUCAGCUGUUCUCAACCAUGUCCAACACCCUGCUGAGAACGUUUUUGACAACGGCGUGAAGUAUACUUUUGAGUUUCUGUGCUUUCUAUCACACAGACACUUGUAUCAUAAGUUUCAGUCAAGGCUCCUGUGCGGCGUCUGUUCCUGGAAGGAGACAUUCCAAAGCCGACAAUGAAUACAUGAUGUGUCAAAUAUUAAAUGAGAAAUAACUUUUGUUCACUCUUUUUGCUUUCCUUGUCAGUGUCAAGACUCUAACCUAUCUGAAGACCAAUGCAACCGGUGGGCAUGGUCGUUUUUUAAGUUUCAUUACAAGCACUGUUCGUUCAACAGUUAAACUUCACAAAACAGUGGUACCGUCAUACAACCAUUCAAUGCAGUACAAGUUUAUUCCAUUCGUCUGUUGGAAAAAGGGAGUUUUUUUUCUCCAUUUUUAAAAUGACAUAUCAAGACUUUGCUCAGAAUCAUGACAAAAGCUGUGAUUAAUUCAAAACUGGGCUGACUCCUUUCCUCCAGAUGACUAAAAUACACUUCCAUAACCUGAUUUGGACAAGAAGUUGUUUUCUGACGGUUGGAUUGUUUGACAAAAUUGUCCGCUGCCAAGACACUUCACCCUUUCUGCUUACAUUUGACAUUCAAGUAAAAGGUUCAAGGCAAGGUCGAUGGGAUGAGGUUUUCUUAUGACUUCAGCUCAUGAAGCCAUCACUCAAUCCUGCCUUGUUUGUAUUAUAUCCACAUUAUGCCAGUGAAUAAUGUUUGUCUGGGUUGGCACAAAUGGCAAGUUCUGGUCUGUCUAUUGUUGGGCUACAACCCAGCUUCAGCUGUUACACAUUUCUUACGGGGCUGAAAAGACAUUUACAGUGUUGCUGCACUUACAGGGCGUCCGACAAGUUUUGUAAAUGCAAAAUGUCAAAUUUGUUUUUGUAGGCCUGUGGGGGAAAAUAAAGUUCAUUUUGUUUCUUA